AUGGACACUGAUGGAGAUGGAAAACAAAAAGCAGCAGAAAAUGCGCAUAAACUUUUAUUCCCACAUAUCCUUACUACAUUCACUAAUCUGCAAUAUUUAAGUUUUGGUUCAUCUUCAUUUUGGUAUCAACAGUUAUCUUUCAAUAUUUCGUCUCCAACUAUUAUCUCUUCAACUCUGUUAGAAUUAUACGUUUGUUUGAACACUUUUAUUGAUUGUCUUUAUUUACUUGAUGGACGUUUCAAUCAGCUUUGUAAAUUUUAUGUUAAAAUUGAAUUCAUAACCAUUUCACGUUUAACAAUCAAUAAUAAGAAAAAACUACCUAAUCUAAGAUCAAUUUUGCUAUGUAGUGAUAUUAGUACAGAUCUCUACGAUGAAUUAAUUGUACCACUUUUACAUCGAAUGCCAAAUUUAGAAGAACUUGAUUUAUCUCUUCUAGUUUGUGUCAAAACAAUAUUUAUUCAUGGCAAUGUCUUAAAGACAAUUGAUGAACGUUCUUUUGAACACAAAUUUUUUCUUCAAAUUGCUCAAUCAUUUCCACUGUUGAGAGAAUUAACUGUAGUUAAUCAGAAACGACAAACUGAUAAACAAAUUAGAAAAUCAGAAAACGAAAAUAAAGACUUUCCAAUCAUUGAAUAUCUUCAUCUUGCUCGUCUUGAUCUUGCUGGUGCUCACAUAGAUUAUCAUGAACAAUUUUUAGUGGACACCAAAACGUGUUCACCAAAUAAUCUUCGCCUUUCAAUGAAUUAUCAAUCUGUGAAAAAGGUGACACGCAAUUUAAGACGGAAUACAACUCGAAGAAUUGUGCGAAACUGA